GUCACUCACAGAUACAGGAAGUAGAGACAAUAGGCAGAAGUUUCUUUUAGCGACAGACAGUUUAAAUUUUGUAAUUCAACUGGAUCCUGAAUCACCAAAGGUGUACUUAAAGGAGACACCCUGACAUUUUAGUUGAGGUUCUUAUGGAGAGGACUGCUGUAAAGUUACUGGGAAUUAAGAAAAAGAUCACUUCUACUUGGCUUCAAGGAAGCUGCCAUUUUAGUUGACGUCCUCACUGGACAGACUGCUGUGAGUGAAACAUAAUCGUCUAGCUGUCUUCACACUAUAAUUCACCACAGAGGGAUUUCUACAGAAUGGGCAAAGACAGAAUUCACUGCUCACUAUGUGGGAAGAGUUUGUCCCAACCUUAUAGUCUCAAACGACACAUGUACAUUCACACAGGAGAGAAACCAUAUUGCUGUUCACAGUGUGGAAAGAGUUUUAGACAACUAAAUCAAUUAAAAAUGCAUCAGCUUCUUCACUCAGGAGUAAAGCCGUAUCAGUGCUCAGAGUGUGGAAAAAGUUUUGCUUGCUGUCAGUAUCUCAAAAAUCAUAAGCUCAUUCACACAAAAGAAAAGCCUCAUUGCUGCUCACACUGUGGGAAGUGUUUUAGAGAGAAAGCUGUUUUAAAAGCUCACAAGCGCAUUCACACAGGACUGAAGCCAUAUCAUUGCUCACACUGUGGGAAGAGUUUAACAAGUUUGACUACUUUAAAAAAUCACCAACGCAUUCACACAGGAGAGAAGCCAUAUCACUGCUCAGACUGUGGAAAGAGUUUCACAAACAGUUCUACUUUCAGAUAUCACCAACACAUUCACAAAGAAGAGAAGCCUUUUCCCUGCUCACACUGUGGGAAGACUUUUAUAUUAUUAAGUGCUUUAAAAGUUCACCAACGCGUUCACACAGGAGAGAAACCGUAUCACUGCUUAGACUGUGGGAAGAGUUUUACAAAUGCAAGAUGUUUGAAACGUCACCAAGUCCUUCACACAGGAGAGAAAGCGUAUCACUGCUCAGACUGUGGGAAGAGUUUUAUACAUGCAAGUUAUUUGAAAAGGCAUCAACGCAUUCACACAAGUGAGAAACCGCAUCACUGCUCAGACUGUGGGAAGAGUUUUUUACAUGCAAGUUACUUUAAAAUUCACCAACGCAUUCACACAGGAGAGAAUCUGUAUUACUGCUCUGACUGUGGGAAGAGUUUUAUUACUGCAACUUGUUUGAAAAAUCACCAACUCAUUCACACAAGAAAGAAUCUGUAUCACUGCUCUGACUGUGGGAAGAGUUUUACAAAUGAAAAAUAUUUUAAAAGUCACCAACGCAUUCACACAGGAGAGAAUCUGCAUCGCUGUUCAGAUUGUGGGAAGAGUUUUACACAUGCAACUUAUUUGAAAUGUCACCAACGCAUUCACACAGGAGAGAAACCGUAUCACUGCUCACAAUGUGGGAAGAGUUUUACAGAAUUGAGUUCUGUAAAAGUUCACCAGCGCAUUCACACAGGAGUGAAGCCAUUUUACUGCACAUACUGUGGAAAGAGCUUUACAAUAUCAAGUCAUUUAAAAGUUCACGAACGCAAGCACACAGGAGAGAAACCGUAUCACUGCUCAAACUGUGGGAAGAGAUUUAAAACAUCAAGUUCUCUCAAAAAACAUGAGCUCAUUCACACAGGAGAAAAGCCUUAUUGCUGCUCAUGCUGUGAGAAGUGUUUUAGAGACACAGAUGAUUUAAAAGUUCAUGAGCGCAUUCACACAGGACUGAAGCCAUAUGUUUGCUCACACUGUUGGAAGAAUUUUACAAAAUCAAGUGCUUUAAAAAGCCAUGAGCGCAUUCACACAGGAGAGAAACCAUAUCAGUGCUCAAAUUGUGGGAAGAGUUUUACACAAUCAAGUAGUUUAAAAAGUCACCAACGCAUUCACACAGGAGAGAAGCCUUAUCAAUGCUCAAAGUGUGAGAAGAGUUUUAGAAAUUCGAAAGGUAUAAAAACUCAUGAACGCAUUCACACAGGAGAGAAGCUGUAUCAAUGCUCAAACUGUGGGAAGAGUUUUACACAACCAAGUAGUUUAAAAAGUCUCCAACCCAUUCACACAGGAGAGAAGCCGUAUCAGUGCUCACACUGUGGGAAGAGAUUUACAAAAUCAAGUGGUUUGAAAGUUCACCAAUGCAUUCAUUCCCAAAAAAUGAUUCACUACUGCUCACAGUGUGGGAAGAAUUUUGCCGAUAUUAGUAAUAUCAAACAACACAUGUACAUUCACACAGGAGAGAAACCCUAUCACUGCUUACAAUGUGGAUGGAGAUUUAGACAACAAAGUCACUUAAACAGACAUAAGCUUGUUCACUCAGGAGUAAAGCCGUAUCAUUGCUCAGAGUGUGGGAAGAGUUUUACACAAGCAAGUAGUUUAAAAAGUCACCAACGCAUUCACACUGGAGAGAAGCCGUAUCACUGCUCACACUGUGGGAAGAGUUUUACACAAGCAAGUAGUUUAAAAAGUCACCAACGCAUUCACACUGGAGAAAAGCCGUAUCAAUGCUCACAGUGUGGGAAGAGUUUUACAGAAGCAAGUCAUUUAAAAAACCACCAACGCAUUCACACAGGAGUGAAGCCCUAUCAAUGCUCACAGUGUGAGAAGGGUUUUAGAAAAUUAUAUGAUUUAAAAAUCCACGAACACAUUCACACAGGACUGAAGUCAUAUGUUUGCUCACACUGUGGGAAGAGUUUUAGAAAUUCAAAAGAUAUGAAUACUCACGAACGCAUUCACACAGGAGAGAAGCCAUAUCAGUGCUCACACUGUGGGAAGAGUUUUACACAAUCAAGUAGUUUAAAAAAACAUCAACACAUUCACACAGGAGAGAAGCCCCAUCAAUGCUCACACUGUGGGAAGAGAUUUACACAAUCAGGUUAUUUAAAAAUCCACCAGCGCAUUCACACAGGAGAGAAGACAUAUGUUUGCUCACACUGUGGGAAGAGUUUUAGAAAUUCAAAUGAAGUGAAAACUCACAAAUGCAUUCACACAGGAGAGAAGCCGUAUCAGUGCUUACACUGUGGGAAGAGAUUUACACAAUCAGGUCAUUUGAAAGUUCACCAACGCAUUCACACAGGAGAGAAACCAUAUUGCUGUUCACAAUGUGGACAGAGUUUCACACAUUUAAGUGUCUUAAACAGACACAAGCUUGUUCACUCAGGAGUAAAGCCGCAUCAGUGCUCAAACUGUGAGAAGAGUUUCAAACACUCAAGUAGUUUAAAAAGUCACCAAAGCAUUCACACAGGAGAGAAGCCCUAUCAAUGCUCACACUGUGAGAAGGGUUAUAGAUAUUCAAGUGAUUUAAAAAUCCACCAGCGCAUUCACACAGGAGAGAAGCCGCAUGUUUGCUCACACUGUGGGAAGAGUUUUAGAAAUUCAAAAUAUAUAAAAACUCAUGAGCGCAUUCACACAGGAGAGAAGCUAUAUCAGUGCUCACACUGUGGGAAGAGAUUUACACGCUCAAGUGGUUUAAAAAGUCACCAACGCAUUCACACAGGAGAGAAGCGCUAUCAAUGCUCACAGUGUAAGAAGGGUUUCAGAGAUGCAGAUGUUUUAAAAAUCCAUGAGCGCUCUCACACAGGACUGAAGCCAUAUGUUUGCUCACUCUGUUGUAAGAAUUUUAGUUGUUCAAGUGCUUUAAAAUACCAUGAGCGCAUUCACACAGGAGAGAAGCCGUAUCAGUGCUCACACUGUGGGAAGGGAUUUAAACAAUCAAAUGGUUUGAAAGUUCACCAACGCAUUCACACAGGAGAGAAGCCCUAUCAAUGCUCACAGUGUGGGAAGAGAUUUACAAAUUCAAGUGGUUUGAAAGUUCAUCAACGCAUUCACACAGGAGAGAAACCCCAUCAAUGCUCACACUGUGGGAAGAGAUUUACACAGUCAGGUAGUUUGAAUGUUCACCAACGCAUUCACACAGGAGAGAAACCAUAUUGCUGUUCACAUUGUGGACAGAGUUUUAGACAUCUAAGUAACUUAAACCGACAUAAGCUUCUUCACUCAGGAGUAAAGCCGUAUCAGUGCUCAGAGUGUGAAAAAAGUUUUGCUUGCAGUUGGUAUCUCAAAAAACAUGAGCUCAUUCACACAGGAGAGAAGCCUUAUUGCUGUUCACACUGUGGGAAGUGUUUUAGAAACGCAAAUGAUUUAAAAGUCCAUGAGCGCAUUCACACAGGACUGAAGCUAUAUGUUUGCUCACACUGUUGCAAGAAUUUUAUAACAUCAAGUGAAUUAAAAACCCACGAGCGCAUUCACACAGGAGAGAAACCAUAUCAGUGCUUACACUGUGGGAAGAGUUUUACACAAUCAAGUGGUUUGAAAACUCAUCAACACAUUCACACAGGAGAGAAGCCGUUUCAUUGCUCACAAUGUGGCAAAAGUUUUACACAAUCAAGUAGUUUAAAAAAACACCAAAACGUUCACAAAGGACUGAAGCCAUAUGUUUGCUCACAAUGUUGGAAGAAUUUUGGAACAUCAAGUGAAUUAAAAGCCCACGAGCGCAUUCACACAGGAGAGAAACCAUAUCAGUGCUUACACUGUGGGAAGAGUUUUACGAAUUCAACUGGUUUGAAAACUCAUCAACGCAUUCACACAGGAGAGAAGCCGUAUACAUGCUCACAAUGUGGGAAGAGAUUUACACAAUUAAGUGGUUUGAAAGUUCACCAACGCAUUCACACAGGAGAGAAACCAUAUCACUGUGCACAAUGUGGAUGGAGUUUUAGACAACUAAGUCACUUAAACAGACAUAAGCUUGUUCACUCAGGAGUAAAGCCAUAUCAGUGCUCAGAGUGUGGGAAGAGUUUUACACAAGCAAUUAAUUUAAAAAGUCACCAACGCAUUCACACUGGAGAGAAGCCGUAUCAGUGCUCAAACUGUGGGAAGAGUUUUACAGAAGCAAGUAAUUUAAAAAGUCACCAACGCAUUCACACAGGAGAGAAGCCCUAUCAUUGCUCACAGUGUGAGAAGGGUUUUAGAAAUUUAUAUGAUUUAAAAAUCCACCAGCGCAUUCACACAGGACUGAAGCCAUAUGUUUGCUCACACUGUGGGAAGAAUUUUAGAAAUUCAAAUGAUAUGAAUACUCACGAACGCAUUCACACAGGAGAGAAGCCGUAUCAGUGCUCACACUGUGGGAAGAGAUUUACACGAGCAAGUAAUUUAAAAAGUCACCAGCGCAUUCACACUGGAGAAAAGCCGUAUCAAUGCUCACAGUGUGAGAAGGGUUUUAGAAAUUUAUAUGAUUUAAAAAUCCACCAGCACAUUCACACAGGACUGAAGCCAUAUGUUUGCUCACACUGUGGGAAGAGUUUUAGAAAUUCAAAAGAUAUGAAAACUCACGAACGCAUUCACACAGGAGAGAAGCCGUAUCAGUGCUCACACUGUGGGAAGAGUUUUACACGAUCAAGUAGUUUAAAAAAACACCAACACAUUCACACAGGAGAGAAACCAUAUUGCUGUUCACAAUGUGGAUGGAGUUUUAGACAACUAAGUCACUUAAUCAGACAUAAGCUUGUUCACUCAGGAGAGAAGCCGUAUCAGUGCUCAAACUGUGGGAAGAGUUUUACACAAGCAUGUAAUUUAAAAAGUCACCAACGCAUUCACACGGGAGAAAAGCCCUUUCAAUGCUUACAGUGUGACAAGGGUUAUAGAAAUUCAAAUGAUUUAAAAAUCCAUCAGCACAUUCACACAGGACUGAAGCCAUAUGUUUGCUCACACUGUGGGAAGUGUUUUAGAAAUUCAAAAGAUAUGAAUACUCACGAACGCAUUCACACAGGACAGAAGAUAUAUCAGUGCUCACAAUGUAGGAAGAGAUUUACACAAUCAAGUAGUUUAAAAUACCACCAGCGCAUUCACACAGGAGAGAAGCCCCAUCAAUGCUCACAGUGUGGGAAGAGAUUUACACAAUCAAGUAGUUUAAAAUACCACCAGCGCAUUCACACAGGAGAGAAGCCGUAUCAUUGCUCACACUGUGGGAAGAGCUUUAGAAAUUCAAGUGUUUUAAAAAACCACCAACGCAUUCACACAGGAGAGAAGCCGUAUGUUUGCUCACACUGUGGGAAGAGUUUUAGAAAUUCAAAAGAUAUGAAAACUCACAAACGCAUUCACACAGGAGAGAAGCCCUAUCAAUGCUCACAAUGUGGGAAGAAAUUUACACAAUUAAGUGGUUUGAAAGUUCACCAACGCAUUCACACAGGAGAGAAACCAUAUUGCUGUUCACAAUGUGGACGGAGUUUUAGACUACUAAGUCACUUAAACAGACAUAAGCUUGUUCACUCAGGAGUAAAGCCGUAUCAGUGCUCAAAGUGUGAGAAGAGUUUUACACAAGCAAUUAAUUUAAAAAGUCACCAACGCAUUCACACUGGAGAGAAGCCGUAUCAGUGCUCAAACUGUGGGAAGAGUUUUACAGAAGCAAGUAAUUUAAAAAGCCACCAACGCAUUCACACAGGAGAGAAGCCCUAUCAUUGCUCCCAGUGUGAGAAGGGUUUUAGAAAUGUAUAUGAUUUAAAAAUCCACCAGCACAUUCACACAGGACUGAAGCCAUAUGUUUGCUCACACUGUGGGAAGAAUUUUAGAAAUUCAAAUGAUAUGAAUACUCACGAACGCAUUCACACAGGAGAGAAGCCGUAUCAGUGCUCACACUGUGGGAAGAGGUUUUCCAGUCUUAGUAAUAUCAAAAAACACAUGCGCAUUCACACAGGAGAGAAACCAUAUCACUGUGCACAAUGUGGAUGGAGUUUUAGACAACUAAGUCACUUAAACAGACAUAAGCUUGUUCACUCAGGAGUAAAGCCAUAUCAGUGCUCACAGUGUGGGAAGAGUUUUACACAAGCAAUUAAUUUAAAAAGUCACCAACGCAUUCACACUGGAGAGAAGCCGUAUCAAUGCUCACAAUGUGGGAAGAGUUUUACAGAAGCAAGUAAUUUAAAAAGUCACCAACGCAUUCACACAGGAGAGAAGCCCUAUCAUUGCUCACAGUGUGAGAAGGGUUUUAGAAAUUUAUAUGAUUUAAAAAUCCACGAGCACAUUCACACAGGACUGAAGCCAUAUGUUUGCUCACACUGUGGGAAGAAUUUUAGAAAUUCAAAUGAUUUGAAUACUCACGAACGCAUUCACACAGGAGAGAAGCCGUAUCAGUGCUCAAACUGUGGGAAGAGUUUUACACGAGCAAGUAAUUUAAAAAGUCACCAGCGCAUUCACACAGGAGAGAAGCCGUAUCAGUGCUCCCAGUGUGGAAAGAGAUUUACACGAUCAAGUAGUUUGAAAAAACACCAACGCAUUCACACAGGAGAGAAACCAUAUUGCUGUUCACAAUGUGGACAGAGUUUUACACAUCUAAGUAACUUAAACAGACAUAAGCUUGUUCACUCAGGAGUAAAGUCGUAUCAGUGCUCAGACUGUGAAAAAAGUUUUGCUUACAGUUGGAAACUCAAAAAACAUGAGCGCAUUCAUACAGGAGAGAAGCCUUAUUGCUGCUCACACUGUGGGAAGUGUUUUAGAGACGCAAAUGAUUUAAAAGUCCAUGAGCGCAUUCACGCAGGACUGAAGCCAUACGUUUGCUCACACUGUUGGAAGAAUUUUGGAACAUCAGGUGAAUUAAAAACUCACGAGCGCAUUCACACAGGAGAGAAACCAUAUCAGUGCUUACACUGUGGGAAGAGUUUUACACAAUCAAUCAGUUUGAAAAAUCAUCAACGCGUUCACACAGGAGAUAAGCCGUUUCAUUGCUCACAAUGUGGCAAGAGUUUUACACAAUUAAGUGGUUUAAAAAAACACCAAAACAUUCACACAGGAGGGAAACUAUAUCAUUGCUCAAACUGUGGGAAGAGAUUUACAAAUUCAAGUAGUUUGAAAAUUCAUCAACGCAUUCACACAGGAGAUAAGCCGUAUCAUUGCUCACAAUGUGGCAAGAGUUUUACACAAUCAGGUAAUUUAAAAAGUCACCAACGCAUUCACACAGGAGAGAAACCAUAUCAGUGCUCUCACUGUGGGAAGAGAUUUACAAAUUCAAGUAGUUUGAAAACUCAUCAACGCAAUCACACAGGAGAGAAACCAUAUUGCUGUUCACAAUGUGGACAGAGUUUCACACAACUAAGUAACUUAAACAGACAUAAGCUUGUUCACUCAGGAGUAAAGCCGCAUCAGUGCUCGGAGUGUGAAAAAAGUUUUGCUUGCAGUUGGAAUCUCAAAAAACAUGAGCGCAUUCACACAGGAGAGAAGCCUUAUUGCUGCUCACACUGUGGGAAGUGUUUUAGAGACACAAAUGAUUUAAAAGUCCAUGAGCGCAUUCACAUAGGACUGAAGCCAUACGUUUGCUCACAAUGUUGCAAGAAUUUUGGAACAUCAGCUGAAUUAAAAUCCCACGAGCGCAUUCACACAGGAGAGAAACCAUAUCACUGCUUACACUGUGGGAAGAGUUUUACACAAUCAAGUAGUUUGAAAACUCAUCAACGCAUUCACACAGGAGAGAAGCCAUUUCACUGCUCACACUGUGGGAAGAGUUUUACACAAUUAAGUAGUUUAAAAAAACACGAACACAUUCACACAGGACUGAAGCCAUAUGUUUGCUCACAAUGUUGCAAGAAUUUUGGAACAUCAAGUGAUUUAAAAGCCCACGAGCGCAUUCACACAGGAGAGAAACCAUAUCAGUGCUCUCACUGUGGGAAGAGAUUUACAAAUUCAACUGGUUUGAAAACUCAUCAAAGCAUUCACACAGGAGAGAAGCCGUAUCACUGCUCACAGUGUGGGAAGAGUUUUGCCAACUCCUAUAUUCUCAAACAACACAUGUACAUUCACACAGGAGAGAAACCAUAUUGCUGUUCACAAUGUGGACAGAGUUUUACACAUCUAAGUAACUUAAACAAACAUAAGCUUGUUCACUCAGGAGUAAAGUCGUAUCAGUGCUCAGAAUGUGAAAAAUGUUUUGCUAUCCGUUGGAAUCUCAAAAAACAUGAGCGCAUUCACACAGGAGAGAAGCCUUAUUGCUGUUCACACUGUGGGAAGGGUUUUAGAGACGCAGAUGAUUUAAAAGUCCAUGAGCGCAUUCACAAAGGACUGAAGCCAUAUGUUUGCUCACACUGUUGGAAGAAUUUUGGAACAUCAAGUGAAUUAAAAACCCACGAGCGUAUUCACACAGGAGAGAAACCAUAUCAGUGCUUACACUGUGGGAAGAGUUUUACACAAUCAAGUCAUUUAAAAAACCACCAACGCAUUCACACAGGAGAGAAGCCAUUUCACUGCUCACACUGUGGGAAGAGUUUUAGAAGUUCAGAUGUAUUAAAAACCCACGAGCGCAUUCACACAGGAGAGAAACCCUAUCAGUGCUUACACUGUGGGAAGAGUUUUACACAAUCAAGUAAUUUGAAAACUCACCAACGCAUUCACACAGGAGAGAAGCCGUAUCGCUGUUCACACUGUGGGAAGGGUUUUAGAGACGCAGAUGAUUUAAAAGUCCAUGAGCGCAUUCACACAGGACUGAAGCCAUAUGUUUGCUCACACUGUUGGAAGAAUUUUGGAACAUCAAGUGAAUUAAAAACCCACGAGCGCAUUCACACAGGAUAGAAACCAUAUCAGUGCUUACACUGUGGGAAGAGUUUUACACAAUCAAGUAAUUUAAAAAACCACCAACGCAUUCACACAGGAGAGAAGCCAUUUCACUGCUCACACUGUGGGAAGAGUUUUAGAAGUUCAGGUGUAUUAAAAACCCACGAGCGCAUUCACACAGGAGAGAAACCAUAUCAAUGCUUACACUGUGGGAAGAGUUUUACACAACCAAAUAGUUUAAAAAAUCUCCAACGCAUUCACACAGGAGAGAAGCCGUAUCAUUGCUCACAAUGUGGCAAGAGAUUUACCCGAUCAAGUAGUUUGAAAGUUUACCAACGCAUGCACACAGGAGAAAAGCCACAUCGGUGCUCAGAGUGCGGGAAGACAUUUUCACAGCAAAGCAAUCUAAAAAACCACCAGCGCGUUCACACCCAAGAGAAGCCGUACGGAUGCACAGAGUGCGGGAAGAGUUUUACGCUGCAAAGUACCUUUAAAAACCAUCAGCGCAUUCACACAGGAGAGAAACCGUAUCACUGCUCGGAGUGCGGGAAGAGUUUUACGCUGCAAAGUACAUUUAUCAACCACCAGCGCAUUCACUCCGGAGAGAAACCGUAUUACUGCUCACAGUGUGGGAAGAGUUUCACACGACACAGCACUUUCAAAUACCACCAGCGAGUCCACACGGGAGAGAAGCCGUAUCGAUGUGCACAGUGCGGGAAGAGUUUUACGCUACAAAGCAGCUUAAAAAACCACCAGCACGUUCAUAGUGGCAAGCUGCAUCAAUGUUCGCAGUGUGGAAAGAGUUUUUCACUAUACAGCACUUUAAAAACCCACCAACUGAUCCAUACAGGAAAGAAGGCACAUCGUUGCUCGCGGUGUGGAAUGACUUUUAAAGAAUUAAAUCAUUUAAAAUCGCACCGACAUAUUCACACAGGAGAGAAGCCAUACCACUGCUCGCAGUGUUUGAAGACUUUUAGAAAAUUAAGUCAUUUAAAAGCGCACCAGCACGUUCACACGGGCAAGAAGCCACAUUGCUGCUCAGAGUGUGGAAAGAGUUUUAUAGAAUACAGAUCUUUUAAAAGCCACCAGCGCGCUCACGAGGAACAGAAGUGCUAUCACUGCUCGCUGUGUGGGACGAGCUUCACGCACCACGCUGGAGCUAAACCUCAGUACUGCUCAGAGUGUGUGAAACGGUUUUGUGUUGGUGUAAUUAAAAAAUAAUCGUCUCUAUCUAUACAGAAGAUGUACACUCAGUGCGUUACUCCUUUCUGUUCUAUUCUGUAUAUCGUCGCUGUCAGGCGGAAUCCUCGUAUCUCAAAAACCGUUAUUUUUCAGGAAAUGAAAAAACGCCGUAUCUUAUCUGCAGUGCACAGGGUUCAGUCCGCGUUGCAGUGGAUUGUCUUGCGCUAAAUUCCUGUCCUCAGACGAGCACCAGAACUAGCGGGGGUCAAGAUUUUUUUUUCUUUGAGCCCAGUGUUUUGAAGACAUUUACCUCAGAAGACGUUUUGAUUCGUUGCGACUCUUCUUGAGGAGAAAUAUGCCGUGAAGCUCUCCCACGGAGUGAGGAAGAGGUGGACAGUUGAAGUGUCCAAUGGAGUUAUGAGAUUUGUGUUCAAGCUAUUUUCAAGACUUUAGAUUGGUUAAUAACUUGUAAAAAUAACAGACCCACGUGGGGACUGACCAAUAGCAUCGAUAUGUGAAAAAAUAUGAAAUUGACAAAAUUUGGACAUACGAGGUUUCCGCCCGACAGCGACGAUAUAUUUUAACUAUUUAUGAGUCAAAUUCUAGGUGUAAACCACAUGAUGGGAAAGUUUUUUAACUGUAGGCGCAGUAGGAGAACCUGGGCAUGGGUAGAAGAGGCAAAGAAUCCAAGAAUCACAAUAGGCAGAGAAUCAAAGAAUAACAAGAGGCAAAGAAUCACAAAAAAGUCUCAAAGCCAAGCAGAAACCGAUGUCAUCUGAUCAUAUACUCUACUGUAAAAACUGUACUUUGGAUUCAAGAACACACUCAUAAAAGAAAAUAAAUAUACACUACAAACAAAAAUAGGAAAGCCUCAGUUUUGUAGAACAAAAGACAAAACAAAACUUGGAAAACUGUGUCUUAAAACUAAAAAAUUAGUGGUCAUUUUAUAUACAAAAAUCUUUGGGAACUUCUUGAAAGCAAAAAUAAAAAUCGUUGCCAUGUA